AUGAGUCGUAGUGACAACCACAUCGAUGUAGAGGCGCUACGUCCGGAAGGGACCGAAGGGUCGGGUCCCUUCGGCAUUAACCAAGAGACCCUCAGCGCCCUGAACGAGGAUAAGUCGAGCGCGCUUGUGGCGCGCUAUGGUGGCAUCGCCGGCCUGGCGGUCGCCCUGGACACCAGCCUCACCGAUGGGGUGGAGGUCGACGGCCCCUCCGGGAUCGAUGCGCGGAGGUCGACCUUCGGUGCCAACGUGCACAAGCAGCUCCCGCCCAAGGGCUUCUUCAAGCUCUGGUACAAGGCUUUAAAGAACCCGGUGCUGAUCAUCCUGACGGUUGCGGCCGUCAUCUGCACCGUCAUUGGCAGCGCAGUGGAGUCUGCGCGCAACAAGCACGCCUACGUGGAGGGCAUCGCCAUCGCGGCCUCGGUUUUCAUUGUCUCCAUCGUCGGCGCCCUCACCGACUGGCAGAAGGACCGGCAGAUGCAGGUGCUGAACGCGCGCAAGUCGGUGAUCGAGAUCAAGGUCCUGCGCGGCGGGCACCAGUGCCUGUGCCUGAAUACCGAGGUGGUGGUGGGCGACAUCGUCCUCCUGCACACCGGGGACAAGCUGGUGGCGGACGGUUACUGUCUGGAGUCCAACGCGCUGGUCAUCGAUGAGGCCAGCCUGACGGGCGAGGCGGACCCAGUGCGCAAGGGCCCGGCCGACCCCUGGAUCCGGUCGGGGACGCAGGUCAACGAAGGCUCUGGCUCCAUGCUGGUGCUGGCAGUGGGCGAGGCCAGCGAGUGGGGCAAGACCAUGGCCCUGGUGCAGACUAAGACGGGGAAGACGCCCCUCCAGGAGAAGUUGGACCUGCUGGUGAUUGCCAUCGGCAAGCUGGGCGUCAUCAUCUCCCUGGUCUGCUUCCUGGUGCUCAUGAUUCGCUGGAUCGUGGAUAACGGCGGCUUCCCCCUGGACCUGUUCGCCGAGGGCCCGCUGGAGUACUUCAUCAUCGCCGUCACCAUCAUCGUGGUCACGGUGCCGGAGGGCCUGCCCCUGGCGGUCACCAUCGCGCUGGCCUCCACCAUGAAGGCCAUGCUCAAGGACCACAACUUCGUGCGCGUGCUGUCGGCCUGCGAGACCAUGGGCGGCGCCACCACCAUCUGCUCCGACAAGACCGGGACGCUGACUGAGAACCGCAUGACCGUGGUCGACGGCUGGUUCGCGGGGGCUGCGACCAAGGGCCUGCCGGACUGGGCCGACCUGCCGCAGCCGCUGGCCGAGGCGGUGACCGAGAACGUGGCGGUCAACUCCAGCGCCUACCUGGUGGAGAGCGAGCACGGCGGCGUGGACUUCGUGGGCAACCGCACCGAGUGCGCGCUGCUCAUGCUCCUGCGCGGCUGGGGCCAGGACUACCGACGCAAGCGUGAGGCCCUGGCCGCGCAGCUGGUCACCGUCUACGACUUCACCUCCGCGCGCAAGAUGUCCAGCGCGCUGGUUCGGCGCGAGGGCGCGGGUCUCACACUGCUGUGCAAGGGCGCGGCGGAGAUCGUGGUGGGGCGCUGCACGCGCUACGCGGGCGCGGGCGGUGCGGUGGAGGACCUGGGCGAGGGCCUGCGGCAAGAGCUGCUGCAGCUGGUCACCAGCAUGGCCUCCCGCGGCCUGCGCACGCUCUGCCUGGCUAUGAGGGACAUGGACAUGCCGGAGGGGGGCGCACGGAAGGACAGCUUCGAAGAGCCGCCCGAGACCGACCUGACCCUGCUGUGCAUCGUGGGCAUCAAGGACCCUGUGCGCCAGGAGGUCCCCGAGGCGGUGGCCACCUGCCAGCGCGCCGGCAUCGUGGUGCGGAUGGUGACGGGCGACAACAUCCACACCGCCUGUCACAUCGCGCGGGAGUGCGGCAUCCUGACCCCGGACGGCGUCGCCAUGGAGGGGCCAGAGUUCAGGAACAUGGACGAGGCCAAGCUGCGGGCCCUGCUGCCCAAGCUACAGGUGCUGGCACGUUCCUCGCCCACCGACAAACACACCCUAGUGCACAACCUGAAGCUGCUGGGGGAGGUGGUGGCGGUCACUGGGGAUGGCACCAACGACGCCCCCGCCCUCAAGGAGUCGGAUGUUGGACUGGCCAUGGGCAUAGCAGGCACGGAGGUGGCCAAGGACGCCGCCGACAUCGUCAUUUUGGACGACAACUUCUCCUCCAUCGUCAAGGCGGUGUUGUGGGGCAGGAACGUGUUUGCCAACAUCCGCAAGUUCCUCCAGUUCCAGCUCACCAUCAGCCUGGUGGCCCUCAUUGUCACCUUCAUCGCCGCGGUCUCCACGGGAACACUGGCCCUGAACGUGCUGCAGCUGCUGUGGGUGAACCUGAUCAUGAACUCCUUUGCCGCCCUCGAGCUGAUGGACGACGAACCACAUGGGCGGGACUCAUCCCUGGUCAGCCGCACCAUGGCCAAGAACAUCCUUGUGCACACGCUGUACCAGUCCUUCUGGCUCUUCCUCAUCUUCUACGGCAUGCCACGCCACCUGCCCUCCUUCCGCACCCCCACCAAGUGCGAGUACUUCCAGGCCAACACCAACCUGUGCUGCCUGGCAGACAGCCAGAGCUGCCUGGACACCUAUGGCGGCAUCUACCAGCCAGGCGAGACCCCCCUGUGCCAGCUGUCUGUGGAUGGCGGAUGCGUCAUCCAGGAGCCUCGGCCGGAGGAAUACUGUGACGGCAAUGCGGAUGGCUGUGAACGCUGGAGGUUCAUGGAGCAGACCUACUUUGAGGCUGACGACGAGUAUGCCGAGGCGGAGUACGACGCCCAGGAGGCGGUCAGCAGCAUGGUCUUCAACACUUUCAUCUGCAUGCAGGCAAGUGAAAGGAGCUUCGUGCUUUUGGUUUGGCUCUUCAACUUCCUCAACGCGAGGAAGCUCCGGGACGAGUACAACAUAUUUGCAGGGCUCUUCAAAGGCUACCUGUUCAUCGGGAUCCUGUUCCUCAUAGCUGGGCUGCAGGCGAGCGUGUUCAGGCUCCAAACCCAGUCCGGCCUUCAAUGGGGCAUCUCCCUCCUCAUCGGCGCGGGCGGCCUGCCCCUGGCCCUCAUCGCCAAGUUUGUCACGAGGCGCUGGUUCCCCAUCAAGGAGCCCACGCCCGAGGAGCUGAUGAAGAAGCGCGCCACCUUCACUGACCCCAAGGACCUGUACCGCCGGCACUGGUGGCAGUGGCUGCGGCCCCCCCCGCCCAAGCACAUCCGCGAGCUGUGGAAGCGUGGCGAGUCGGAGCUGGCCAAGGUCAGCGGCGACUCUGCGCUGAAGAAGAGCAGCGCUGGGUCCGAGCUGAAGAAGAUGAGCGGGACCCCUGGGCGCAAGAAGGGCGGCUCCGGCGACGACGACACCCUGGUGAAGCACGGGAGUUCCACGCUGCGCUCCCCCCGUGCCAGCAGCACGCACCGCCUAACCCGCGGCGGCAGUGCCGGCAUCGUGUGA